AUGUCUGGAUGGAAGCGUGGCCCCUACCCGGUGGAGAGUCGAGGUGGUGGUGGGAAAUGGGCUUCACACCGUAAUUACUCCCGCCGUUUAUCCACCCAUGAGGACUACGAGGAUGACGACAAACGACGCUCGCACCAUUACUACCACCGCAGCACCGGCAGCGGCUACAUUGGAGGGGGGAUUGGCGGCGCUGUGAAGAGACCAGGCAGCCGUCACGGGCGGCGUCGCGAACGAAGCUACGAUCUUCGUGAGGAAGACGAUGACGUUGAUUACGAGGAUGUUGAUAGUGACGAGAGUGCGUCUAAUGACUUUGAGGAAAAUUCAGAUUAUUAUGAUCAUCAUCGCCGUCGCAAACGGCAACGGCGUGAGUCCCCGUAUCGACGUCAUCGUCACCGGCGCCGCUCCUCAUCUUCGUCACGCAGGCGUGACUCGCAUCGACCGCACCGUCAGCAGGAAAAAUGCCAGCAAGGGGAUGAUGAGCUGCACGGCACAGGAAGACGACGACGACGGUACGAGGAGGAUUACUCGAAGUCUUCACCCGCCACGGAGGUAGAGCGGCGACAGAAACAACUUCUUUCUGCGUUGGACCGACAGCUUGCCACGUACCAAAGCCGUUUCCGUGGCGAAGGCGAUGAUAACAAAGAUAGUAACAGCAAAAAAGGUUACCAGGAGGGACAGGAAGAAGGUUGCAGUGGCUCUGGUAGAACUUCAUUGCCGUCCUCCCGUGUUGUGUUGUAUGGAGUUGACUUGGGGGUGCAGCAAUGUCACCUGAACUCCAUGCUGGAGCAGCUUGUUGGGCGACGUCCGUUGAGUGUCUUCCGUCCGGCGGCAGCAUUACGGGAAUCUCUUUGCGACACGGCGUUGUCGGGUGUGGGGAGCUUGCCAGAGGUGCCGCCUUUGGGUUUCGGCUCGGAUCGUUCUCUUCACUUGGGUCUUCAUGAUGUAGACGGUGCCGGUGGCGUGGUGGUGAUGGAGUUGCCGCGGGAGGGUGAUACUGUGGCUGCAGCCGUGGCGGCGCUGAACGGCGCGUACGUUAAUGGCAGAAUCAUUGGGGCGGUAGUGCAUUCUUGA